GCAAAGGCAUACAAGAUAUACAAGAAACCAAUAUAAUUAUCUUAAAGCGACUGUCAGAAAUCAACAAGAAUGAUCAACCAGGAUGCCAUUUGUGCCAAGAUAAAAUUGCAUGGUUAAAUAAAGGUUUGUCGGAUUUGAAAUGUCGAGUGGAAACGCUUUUUUCGUCCUUAGAAACCACACUUCAUGCGGAAAUCGAAAGUAGAUCAAAAGAUAUUGAGUCACUACUAUAUGAUAUGCAAAAUGCAGUGGAUAAAUCCGACACAGAUCCAAAACAAGAAACGAGAAUUAUCCGACAGACGAAGAAAUAUCUCGUGCCCAUUAACGAAGAAAGAUGGAAACAAUUGUCUAAGAACGCUUUAAGUGUAGUAUUUGACCGAACAAGACAUUUACAAUGCGUUGUGUCAGUCCUUUGUUUGGAUAUAUCCGAGAGUAUGUCGACUGGAAAUGCUUGGGGACAGGCCAAAAUGUUCGUGAAUGAUUUUCUAACUGGACUUGAGGAAAGUAAAUCAAAGGAUGACAGGAUAUUAGACGACUAUGUUGCUUUGGUAACCUUUGGACACGAGACAAAAAUACAACAGGCUCUGACAAAUGACUUCAAUUCAAUUCGUUGUCAGAUGGAACGCAUAGCGUUAGGCGGACCAAGCCCUCUUUACGGUGGUUUAAUGAUGAGCCAUGCAUGUACGACAAGUGCAAAUGAAAACGCUCCAAGUUUUCACGGACUUAUUUUGACACCAACACUCAUUGUCAUUACUGAUGGUCGUCCGACGGAAACCAGACUACUUGCCGGACCAGAUGUUCAGGAUGAGAGUCAUAUGGAAGAGAUUCUGUCAGAUGUGGCAACAGCAGUUCGAGAGAUCGACAGAGCAAAUAAUCUCAUUUUUUUCAUAGGCGUUGGUGAUUAUAACAAGUCUUUUAUAGAAAACACGUCUGCAAUAAUUGCAUCUAAAAUCUACACUUUCAAAGAUGGGCGAAGACUUGCUAAGCAUGGAUAUUUCGAGUCACUGUUGACGUCACAAGGCUGCAAUAUGGCAGUCAAUAGAUUAACAAGCCUUUCGGCAGAGGAUAAGGAGGAUAUCAACUUUUGUCGGUCAGACACAAGAAGGCGUGCAGAAGAAGAUUGUGGAUGUUUGUUUGAAGCCAGCCACGACACAGACCUUCCAGCGCUUGGUACACGAGUUCGAAUGCAUCAAUUUGACAACAGACAAACAUCUGACCUCAAUGGGCCUGGAACUGUUGUAGGGCAUUUAGAUGGACAGGUUUUCGUUACAUGGGAUUUAAAUGACCUCACACUUUAAUACCGAUGCGGUAAAGAUGCUGGUGAAGUUCAGACUGUUCAAGAAUCUAGAAUAGUAAAUUCUGGCGAACUUCUGGCGGUUGGAUGUAGAGUAAAACCAGGUCCAGAUUUCGAUGACAAGAUACACGCCAUCGAUCCUCUCAGCUGUGGCGUUGUCCUAAGAAUGUUAUAUGGGACAACGGUGAAAGAGAUAAGUUUAUAUAUGGCAUGGACGGCACGAAGGAAAUAGAGCUAGCGUAAAACAGGUACAAAUGCAGCUCGGCCGAUCGUACUUGAUGUGGAUGUACGGGUUGUCGGCUCAAGAGAAUUAAGGGGCUUUUUUCCUGCCUUUGUGAAGCGGCUUUUGGACCCUCACUUUGUAAAACAAACGAGUCGCAGAGUUUUCAUAACUGUUAUAAAACGGAUUCGCGAAAUUCUGAUAAUUGUGUACAAACGAGCCGUGAACAGUCUAAGAAAUUAUAAGAACCAGUUUUUUUUUAUAUAAAUUUGUGUCGUUAAAACAUGUUUAAUAUGCAUCAUUGUAUCAUUUCUUUAUAAAAUGCAUUAAAAGUAUAUUCUC